AUGGCCUCUCGUCUUGCAAGGAGCGCGGUCGGCGCCGCCCGUCUCCGCCCAUCGCUCCCUCUCCGCGCCCUGCCCUCCAUCGCCGUCCAGGCCCGCUAUCAGUCCAACCUGCCCCAGGAGGACCCCAAGAAGAAGGCCCAGUCGGUCCUCGACGCGAUACCCGUCCCCGGCAACAGCCCCCUCACCAAGGCCGCCGUCCUCUCCGCGGGAGCCGGUCUCAGUGUCGCCGCUAUCAGCAACGAGCUCUACGUCGUCAACGAGGAGUCCAUUGUCGCCCUCUCGCUCCUUACCAUCUUCUGGGCCGUCGCCAAGUACGCCGGACCUGCUUGGGGAGACUAUGCGCAACAGCAGGUCGACAAGAUCUCGGGUAUCUUGAACGCUGCUCGCCAGGACCACACCACCGCUGUCAAGCAGCGCAUCGAGAGCGUCCAGGACCUCGGCGGUGUCAUUGACAUCACCAAGACCCUGUUCGAGGUUUCCAAGGAGACCGCCCAGCUCGAGGCUCAGGCUUUCGAGCUCGAGCAGAAGACUGCCAUCGCCGCCGAGGCCAAGUCUGUCCUCGACUCGUGGGUCCGCUACGAGGGCCAGGUCAAGCAGAGGCAGCAGAAGGAGCUUGCCGAGUCCAUCAUCGCCAAGAUUGAGAAGGAGCUCGACAACCCCAAGACCCUCAAGCAAAUCCUUGACCAGAGCGUCACUGACAUUGAGAGUAUGUUGAGCCGUACUUGCAACACAUGA